AUGGAAAAUGGUGACAUUCAAGACAACCAAAUCACGGCAUCAAGCGAAUGGGAUGCAAACCACCGGGCCGCUAAUGGAAGAUUAAAUUUCAUUCCUCUUCGUGAACAACGAGGUGGAUGGACAUCAUUGCACCGUGAUCUUUAUCAGUGGCUGCAGGUUGAUUUUCAACGAACCACGUUUGUUACAGGAAUUAGUACUCAAGGACGCCGUUAUCCUGGUAAAACUCAGCUUGUAAAGAGUUACACUAUUUCAUCCAGCCAAGAUGGAAAGAAUUUCCAGACUUAUAAACAAGGAGAAAAAGUCAAGGAAUUCCAAGGCAAUAACGAUCAGAAUACGAUUGUCCAUCACACGGUGAUUCCUCAUAUUUCUGCUCGGUUCAUUCGUCUUCAUCCUACCGCUUGGCAAAAUUUUAUUUCCAUGAGAGUCGAAUUUUACGGCUGUUCAUAAGAAAUAAUAAUGUAAUGCAAUUUUUUUUUCAAUGCUUGUUAUACAGUCAAUAUUAAGGUGUUUCCCGUCGGAUAUUUAUAAUGUUUUCAGCAUAUGCAGAAUUAUAUUAGUGCUAUCUAUACCAAUCUCGCCAGCUCAGGCUUGAUAAUUUUCAAUAUCACGCCUAAGCACAUCCAAACAUUAUUUUUAAUACUUACUGGAUUGCCAACUACUGAGUAUAAAAGUUAAUUAAGGUGUUGAUAAAAAAAAUAAUAAAACAUAGAAGCAAGGUUGUUCACAUUUCACAAGUACAAAAGCGCAAGCAAUGUACUUCCACAAAAAGAGUUCGAUUAGUGUCCGAAAUUACGAAUACCAGCG